AUAGAGGGAUAUAUUUACCGCACACACAACUUUUCUCUCUGGUGCGCGAACGAGGCUCGCGUUAUUCGAUUAAUAAUGUGUAUUUGCAGUGCGAGGUUUGAUGCGACCGGUGGACGGCGCAAAACCGCGGCCACUCCUCGGCACAGGGGUUGAUUGUUCCGGACACGCGGACGUUUCCUGGCCGGGGGUGACUUCCUCCACGAAUCUGGUUACAGUGCUCGUCCACGGGAAAAGCUCGGUCUCGCGGCACUCGACGCACUCCCAGUGUGCUCGACUCGAUUACUGGUGACAGUCUAUCUGCACCGACCCUCUACCUCUUCUACGCCGUCGUGGGACCGAUACCUGUCUUCCUGUUAACGGACGACCGUUCGUUCUUUCGCCCCGAGAGACUCGACCAGCCUCUUUCAAAACUUUCCCUUCACUGACACAUUGAAGAAAUGGCGGGUAACAGCGUUCCGGUGUUGCUGGUUACCGCAAACGUUGGCAGUAUUUUCGAGGAGCCUAGUGUGAUGUUGAAAAUUUGGACGGAAGAAUUUUUAUCUACUAUACUGAGGUUGGAUCCAAAGUUUAUUGCACUACACUGCCAAGAAGUAGGUGGAAAAAAUUAUGAGCAAAGUAUGAGACACGUGGAAGACUUUGUUAGGUUACUAAUGUCAUCAGAGGAAUUAAGGCUGUUUGACAAAAUUAGAGUAUUCUUAGAUGAAGACUAUUCAUCCGCUGAACAUUUUACAGCACUUGGAAAUUUUUACUUUGUGCAUGAAUCUUUAAAAGAGGUUUUACUAUGGGACUUUAAAGAAUGUACUUUUAUACCAGUAAAUGGAAAAGAGGUUCAUUCUGGUAAUAUCGAGGCAGUUACAACCAAAGAAAAAGCAAAGUUUCCUCAAGAAUUUUUUCCAGAAUGUAAAUGGUCUAGAAAAGGAUUUCUAAGAACACGAUGGAGUAUUAGCGGAACUGUUUUUGAUCUCAUAAAUAUACACUUAUUUCAUGAUGCCAGUAAUUUCAUUGCUAUGGAAACAUUUCCAUCUGUAUACAGUAAAACGCGUAGAAGAGCGCUCGAGCAUACGUUAGAUAGGUUUCAUAAUGAUAAAUAUCCAAAUGUACCAUACUUUUUAUUUGGAGACUUUAACUUUAGAACAGACACAGCUAGCGUAAUUAAAAAACUUACAGAAGAUACUCAAGAAAGAAAGUUGUCAAACAAAGGAAGCAUCUCGAAAUUGCAAUUUCACAAUAAAGAAGAUGAUCUCAUAUUAACGUUAGGAAAGAAAGAAUUCUCUCAUCACGAGCAUCAAAAUGUUUUUAUGCAAAACAGUGGACAAUGGCUACGUGAAUAUGACAGAGAGCUGGAAGACUUUGACGGAAGAUUAUAUGAAUUUCCAAUUAAAUUUGUGCCCAGUUAUCCCUUCGAGGAGGAUAUCAAUGAAGGUUCGAAUUACAUGCAAACCAGAGUACCAGCUUGGUGCGAUCGUGUUCUACUGAGUACUACAGCUAAACUACUAGUCGAAGAUAUAUCAUCACCAGACGCUGUAGAGUACGGAAUAAUAGGACCAACAACUUGUAUGGGUGAUCACAAGCCAGUCUACUUGAGGGCUAGUCUCACCUUGGACGAAGGUAUGAUAAAUUGCUGCAGCUUGCCGAGUGCGCCUGAGUUCUGCUUUCGAGUGCCAGACAAUUACGUGGAAUUGUUGUCCAUGUUGCCUGAUUACAGUAGUUGCGUUAGCGGACGGCUCAAUUACAUGGACCGUUCGACUAAUCUGUUGCACGCAGCACCUAUCAAGCAUGAUCCUUACACCCCGGAUAGCAUGGACAGUCCUAGUCCGAAUGCUAUUAUGACAGCCUCGGUUGAUCUUCCGGACGUAGACAUAGAGAAUAUCAACAAUUCGUCCACGUUACAAUCGGUGAAUCCGUCGAAUUCGAUGAGACGUCUCGACCGAGCUGUGUCGCCCGCUCUGUUGAAAUCAAAAUUGGAGCUGAUCGUGCGAAAUAAGAAACAAGAGACGGAUACGAUCGACCAAGAAGCGACGGACAUCAAACGAAGUCCUAGCGAUCGUUGUUUGCACUCUUGGCCAAACACCGAAGAACAAUGGACCGUCAGAACGAACAGAUGUAACAGCGACGUGUCCUGGCAAAGGUCUCAUCUGUUGACCGAGGCAUGGGUUCAAGGUAAAGGACAGCAAGGAUACCAUUCCUUCGGGGAGUUCGUUAAUCGAGCAUCCCUAGGUGGUUCGUCGUCGCCGAACGGUGUCGAAGGUUUAUCGUCCGACUUGAUCAUACCCAGGAUAUCGAUCAUAAACGCAAGUAAUUUAGAAUCGAACGAGAGUUCUGUGUACUUACACGAGGAUAAGUACAGCAAUUACUCGGAUAAUAAAUUGAGCGUAUACUCGGACGGUCAAACGAAGAGUUUAAGCGGAGAAGCUUUCAGCUCGGAAAAAUCGGACGAAACGUGCGAGAAGAAAAUUCACGAGAGGAGCAACAGACUGAGUUCGAACACAAAGAUCGCGAUCGACGAGAACGUAUAUCUACGUGACAUAAGCGAACUUCUAACGAGUCAAGAUAAGAAUGCUUAUCCGAUGAUGGUUGGUACAAAUGUUUAUCGAGUGGGGAGUAAAAUAGACGAAGAUAAGAUGCUCGAAGCGAAGGAACAGCGUUUCAACGAAAUCAUAGAUACCUUGGAAGAGAAUAACAGCAGAAAUCUGUGCGCCCUCGUACAGAACGAUGAUGAAUCUAGUAUUAAAGAUAGAAAAGUAAUUACGGAAGAUCCUGCGAACGAUCAGACUUCUCAAGUAUUAAAAUACGCGCGAACGGAACAGAUCGAAGUUCAUUCCGGGGAUAACGAAGCGGACAAGCUUUCGGAAAGAGAUACGAAAGGUGUGAAAACAGAGCAGAACGUGGGGGGAGGGCUUAGAACGAACGAAGUUGAAAUUUUAAGAUGUGACAAUAAAAACGAAACGGUAAUCACGCAACAGAUAACGAGAAGUAAUUCUAUACAAAGCCAGGAUAUCGGUGAUAGUACAGGAAACGUGAAAUUGAAAUUGAAAGCGUAUCAAGUGUCGGAAAGGUGUAAGCAUAAUAUCGCGGAGAAGAAAAACACGAUGAAUCAGGAGUCCGAAUCGGGUACGAUGUCCAGUUUAACCAGCCGUGAGAUCUUCAACAACAACAACAACCACAGCAACAACAAUUAUGACAGCGCAACGACGAUCACAAGAUAUAUACACAUUAAACACGCGGAUUCUUCGGUUAAGGUUUUUCGCGAAACAACUGUUUGAUAUCGGAUCGACCGUUUAAACGAACAUCAAUCGCGGAUAAAACCGCGUCGAAAAGCACUUCACGAGCUUCCAUGCUGCAAUGCAUUAUGGGUAGUUCAACGGUUUCGCGACGCAUCGACCAAUGAUCGUUGUCCGCGCAGAUCUCGCCGCGUCAAUUUCGAAGUAUACCGGUAAUCGAAUGAUCGAUCGUCGAUUCUAACCUAUCAAUUACAAUUGGCCGAAUAAUCACAAUAAUUAUUGGUAAACUGAUCUCUGAAUAUGUCUACACGUGUUCGUGUUGCGUAUUAUAAAACGGUUUGAUGAAUUUAUGCGAACGAACAUAAACACUUAUGAUAACGAGGUUAGUUCGCGCGACGAACGAUAAUACAUCCUUCCCCUACAGCGGACCGAAGUCGACUGCGCGCGGUGAAUGAUAUUGCGCGCGCAUCCACGAAACCUGCGCGCGCAUCCGCAAAAUGAUCCCGCUUGAUUCGGGUAUAUUUACGCGAAAUUCGUUACACUAUUAGCGAUUCAAUGAUUCAAAUACGUCCUAAAAUAUGAAAUAAGGGAUGUUUUAAGUCUUAUCGUGAAACGUUUCAUGUUUUUGAAAGCGUUAACGAAAUAUCAUUGUCAGUAGGAGAAGCAACAGGUUGAUGCCGUUUUAAACGUGAACGCGUUAGUAGUCACGUGAUGUAACGAAGCGUAUCUGUCGAUACAAUCACGCGAGCAAUUAUCGUAUGUUAUUUUUUCAAUGUCUCGAUGUUCCUGUGAUGCGUUUUUUCGAACCAGUUUUUCCCGCAAUGACUUGUGGUCUUGCAACGAUUUUUAAGAUCAUACGAGCAAAGAUUCCACACGGGAGAAGCGUUUUCAAUAGAAGAUCGUUCGAUGUGAUAUUACCGUGGUACAUACCUCGCUUCGUCGAUCUUUACUGUUAGAAAUCGUGACAUCCAAGUAGAAGAGAAUUGCGCUACGAUUGCUGCCAAAAAAGCGGAUUCGAUUUAACCUUUUGCGAUUCGAUUUUAAUAGAAUUUCACUGCAAAAGAUUAAUAAGAAUCACAUGCGAAACUGCAAAGAAACGAUUGCGUAUUAAAAUAAAAAAAGAGUGCGUAAUAAUAUCGUUGCAACUUCGAAAACACGUGCACACGUUUUCCUAUUAGUACGUACCAAAAUAUUGUCGUCUCGUUUCUUCCUUUUUUUUAUCGCUGCUCUGUUUUCUAGAUAUAUAAGCGUAUUAUUUUUGACGCUCUAAGAAAAAAAGUUGGCAAUCUCUGACGCAAUUCAUUCGAAGCACUUGAUCCACGAUAGUAUCUUAAUCCGAUCCAAUUGGACUAAAUUUGCGAGUACAUUCCAUUAGCGUAACCACUAGAGCGAGUGAACUCGAUGCUUAUGAAAACACGUUGGAAGGUACUCGAGAUCGUUCAUAUACCUAGAGAAAAUAAAACAGAAAAAAAAGAAUUUAGACGUGGUAGAUCGUAUGUAAUUGCACGCAACAUAUCUGUAUUCCUUUAUCGACGUACAUGUGAUAAAUUGUACACUCGUUGCAAGCCUUCUACAAAAGCUUGCUGCUACUUAAAAGUCCUUAUUACAUAUUAGAUCCCUCACUGCCUCUGGUUACGCCACUGGUGCAUUCAGAUUUUUCGAUGUUCUUAUAGUAAUGCGUCCAUGAACGUUGUAAAAUACCGUACCAUAAAUUACGAUGGAUUGCGUUCGUUCGUUUUCUUUCAAAUUUCUAUUAUACCGUCUUUUUUACUUCGUUUUAAGGAUUCACCGAUUCUCCGAGUCUUACACUCUCAAUCAUUGCCUGCAGUACAACCAGCGAUCGAUUAGUUAUUUUAUAAGAAGAUUUAUUGUAACUGGAAAAUUGGUAAACUCGAAGGAAUCGAGAUGUUUACCUAUGACUGUUUUCGAAUCCGUUCCAUCUUACAAUGUUGCAUCUUUAACGAUAGCGGAUAAAAGUAUGCACGAAUCCUGAUUGAGAAUGGCGCCGAAAGGUGGCAAUAUUUUUCAAGUUCUCGUGCUUACAAAAGGUUUUGCUGUUCGUUAUGUGACAUACACUCGAUUCUCUUGAGCCACGUUUUCCUGAAAAAAUUCUUUUAUUAGCGAUUGCUAUGUCAAAUGCCUCCUGUCGAAGUGUAUGUCCAUGAUAAUCAUAAGCCAUUCCUUGAGAGUUAGCCGUAAGAUAGCCGACGUUAAAGCGUAUAAUUCAAUGAAUGCAAAUUUUCCAAAGUACCUGAUAUCAGUUCGAUCAAAGCAUUAACUACAUACGCUGCGAUUCUUUCUUCCAUGUAUCCGUUCCGUUAAAUUUCUGGGUAUUUCAUAAAUUGAUGAACCUCCAGCUACUAACAUACUGUGCACUUCAAUCUAUGCAGUACCUGGAAAAUAUUAGAAUUUUGAAUUAUACGCUUUACCUGUGAUGUAAUAAUUUAAUUCGAUGUAUGUACAUAGGAUAUAAGAAUUUUGACGCUUUCACCAGACUGGUUUUAGGAUCUUCCGCGCGGGCAAAUUUUUCGAAGAACUUUUCCACGAGAAUGUUGUUCGAUUGCUUUCAAACUUAUAUCGAUGAUUCCUGCUUCCUGAAAUAAGGAAAAAAAAAUGUUAGUAACGAAAAUGAUAGAAUUAGAAAAUAGACAAAAGAUGCUGAAUUUGCUAGUGACUCAAGUUUACAAACUAAAGCGUACGAUCAAAUCGAAAUGCAAAGCGCGCUAUCGAAAUCCUUACUUAUUCCGAUGUUUUAAGAUAAACGUUAUUUCUUCCGUUUUUUUCGACGGAAUGUGAACGUUGUACUUUUAUAAAUAUGAAUGUACUUAUAUUUUGUACUGACAGUACCUUGCAAGAAUAUAAUAUGUUAAACAAUGAAGUUAUAUGUACAUGUAUAAUGUGUGUUACAAAUAAACGUUUUAAAGUAGGAUCACUUGAGAUACGACCAAACUUUGUUGACCGAGAAAACUGGGACAAUGUUUCUGUUAAAUUUUCAAACCAAUGUAUGCUAAAUUGCGAUGCACUUAUUUUAUGUAUUAGUAUAGAGAAUACAGAAUAAAGUUACCGUUCUACAG